AUGCAGCUGUUCAAGUGCUUGUUGGUGAUCGGGUGCCUAGCGACGGCGUCGCUUGCCCACAGCGCUUCGGCCACGUUGCCGAUCAGCUCGAACUCGAUCGAUGGCAGCGAAGGAUCGCAGCAGCAGCAGCAGCAGCAGCAGACGCCCCGUGCCGGUUCGUACCUUGGCGAGAUCAAGUACCUGUACAAGACGUACCAGGAUUGCGCCAGCGGUGACGUGUCCACCUGCCUGAAGCUGAAGCUGUUCACCAUCCUGGACCGUGUGGCCCGUUCGACUAAGGACUUUAAGCUGAGCGAGGGCGUGCGAUUCGUGCGCGAUCAGGACUCAACCCUCGACGCCAGCCCGCUCCGCACCGAGGCCCAGCUCGAGCAGGAGUUGCCCCGUUCGCUCGACGAGAAGGAACGCUCGCUCAACUCGAUGCUCUUCGACAAGGUGCUGUCCUUCUUCCAGUCCCACACCCUGCAAGUCAAGUUCCCGUCCAGCGAGGAAAUCAAGCGCUCGAUGGAGGAAGUUCGCGGAGGCGGCGGUGGCUUCGGAGGUGGCGGUGCCGGUGGUUUCGGAAACAAGGACAAGGACAAGAAGAACGGCCACUGGAUCAUGAUCCCGCUCCUGCUCGGCAGCACGCUCGUCCCGCUUGCCUUCGGUGCCCUCGCUCUGCUCGCCGGUAAGGCUCUGAUCGUGUCGAAGCUCGCCCUUGCGCUGGCCUCCAUCAUUGGCAUCAAGAAGCUGAUCUCGAGCGGUAGCGGCCAUCACGAGUCCGCCCAUGAGGUUGUGGUUUCCGGUGGACACGGUGGUGGCUGGGGACGCAUCGGUUCCGGCCAAGGACUCGCCUACAAUGGCUACGGACACUACGCUCAGUAA